CAUAGCAAAGAGAUGACUCAUCUUGUGAAAGGCUUGGCAUGAUUACGGGUUUAGUCGUGACCUCUGUUAUUCUAAUCUAAAACGUCCGUGGAGAGUUUUGUCACUAUGGCCUGUACCAGUUGUGCGAAAUCGUUUGGAUUCUUCAACAAAGAGCACGGCUGCCCGGUUUGCAAAUAUUCCUUCUGCUCGGGCUGUCUAAAGCACAAACUAGUCCGUGAUGGAAAAAAGCUGAACGUUUGUCUGCGUUGUGUUAAACUGUCUGGCGCCAGCGAUGAUGUCACAAAACCCUCAGCAGCACCAAAGGGCGCCUCAGUUAGCCAAACGCCAAGCAAGCCCAAGGAGAACGAACCAGAACCAGCACCGGAGGGGCCAAUCCAGAACGAUGACCAGCUUAUAAGAAGUAAACUAGCGGCACUGAAAGUAAACGACAGCGAGAAUCCUGGUGUGACUGAUCCAUCGCUGCCAUGCACCGAGCUGGGGGGAAACAUCGACAUCGAACGACGGUUGGCUGCGCUGAAAGGCGUCGAGUAUAAGGAUUACACCAAUGCACCGCAGCACUUUAUGGCUCCCGAUCGCCGGACGGAGGAACAAAAAGUGCAGGAUUUACUUGGACAAUUUGCGAACGAGACCAAACUUGAUGGCGCGCUGGACAGCCGACGCACAGAGCAGGAUGAGGAAAUUGUGAAACGUUUGGAAGUGCUCAGGGAAUUUCCCGUGGCUGGGCAAACAGACGGUGGUACGCAGAAGAAAACUACGCCUUUGCCGCAGAGCGAUUCUGAUUCCGAUAGCUUGAAAGACGAAGAAAUGGCACGCAAGCUGGCGCAAAGGUACGUCGAAGAGAGCAAACUGGACUCGAAAAUGGGCACAAGUGAUACUCCUGAUCGCACACCGAGUUCCGGUUCUCUGCCUGACGAUCCUGACGCACCUUUGCCGUGGUGCACAAUUUGCAAUGAGGAUGCCGUUCUUCGGUGCCGCGGGUGCGAUGAUGAUCUUUAUUGUAGGUCGUGUUUCAAGGAAUUUCACUACGACGAAGAUCCGCAGGAGCAUCGAACCGUCCCCUUUGUUAACAAAGGUAGAGCAUCUUGAUGUGUAACCUAAGAAAGUCACUCAAGAC